AGCAGAGGAACAGAAAGUGCCUGUCUAAUCAGUCACGCGGAGGCAGCAAUGUUAGUUUCUCUUUCAUUUUAGUGGAGAUCGGUCCCAACAGCUAAAUCUAAACAAGCCAAAACAAAAACCAUAGUCGUCCUCCUCACGGAGUUCGAGCGUUAACUUCAGCAACUUGUAACACUUCGUGUGUUUUUUUAAGACAGUGUGUUUAAAAGAAAAAAAGGGGGGGGGGGGGGAAAGGCAAUUUAGGCUAUAUUUGAGUCAGGAGAUGGAUGAAGGUCGGUGUGUGUUCACGGCUGCUCGCCGAGGGGACAGAGAUCUCCUCCGGACGUUACUCCUCCAUCGCUCCGUGAAGGAAAGGAGCGACCACGGCCUCACGCCGCUGCACGAGGCCGCGCGGGCCGGCCAGACGGGCUGCGUCCGGGAGGUUCUCAGCAUGGCAGCCGCCUCUGGCGUCUUCAUCGAGUAUGUGAACACACGGGCAACCAACGGCCAGACAGCGGUGUUCAUGGCCGCAGCCGAGGGCCACACGGACGUCGUGAAGCUCCUGGUGACCGCCGGCGCGAACAUAAACGUCAAGGACGCAUCAGGCCUCACGCCGCUCCUCGCCGCCGUUUCAAACGAUAAACCAGCGACGGCCAUGGCGCUCAUUAGAAAGGGGGGAGCAGUCCAUGUAACAGAUGCCUCUGGGCAGUCUUGCCUUCACCUUGCCUCCGCUCAGGGUUCUAGUGAGCUAGUUUCCAUGCUGUUACGCUUUGGUGCGCUCAACCUUCGCAACGUGGAACAGAAGACGGCCUUAUAUCUAGCAGCUGAGCACGGUCACCACAAAUGUCUGGAGAUGUUGGCCGCUGCAGGCGCAAACGUUGAGAUCCAAGCGACGGACGGCGGCACUCCGCUGAUGGCCGCCACGGAGGCUCAGUCGGAGCCGUGCGUCGAUGCGCUGCUGAAACACGGAGCCGAUCCAAAUGUGGUGUGCAGCGAAUACUGGCCUCCGCUCGCCGUCCAUGCUGCCGCUGUGGGGGACAACGUCAACAUCCUGCGGCGGCUGGCAGCGGUGACGCGGCGGGGGCUGGGCAGCGGGGAUGGGGAGGUGAGCCCCGUGUUCUUAGCGUUGGAGAAGCCCGAGAUGCUGGAGGUCCUGCUGAAGGAGGGCUUCAGCCCCGAGCCCCAGGCCGGCUGGGAAAACGGGGAAUACGAGUAUGAUUACGACGCAGAUUCCCCGCUGGGCCUGGUCCUGUACCACAUGGUGAACGACCCAGCGUUGAAUCAUAGUCGGUGCAUGAGCCUCCUGAUGCGGGCGGGGGCGACCCUGACGGAAGAUUGCUGGCGGCUGAGUCUAUCGGACCCGUGUGUGCUGGACCUGCUGCUGGCCCAGAGGUGUGAGGACCAGGGGAAGGGCCCCGGGGCCCGCCCCCUGGUGUCCGGCGAGGAGCUGGAGGCGCUCGUGAGCGUGGCAGAGGAGGACGCCACGGAGGCGGGCUCCUGGCUCCCGGCCCUGCUGGAGAGCGGGCUGGACCCCAACGCUCUGCUGGUGCCCGCCUUUCUGGAGGAAGCCCCCAGCGAGGCGCUCACCUACCUCCUAGAGAUGGUGGACCGGUCCACUCUGGGCCGGCCGCUGAGAGACGUCCUGGAGCAGCGGCAGAAGAUGAAGACCUGGACGCCUCCCGCUCACCUCGAGUGGGUGCCCUCGCUCUUCCACCUGUGUCGGCUGCGGCUGCGGGCCCACCUGGGUCCAGACGUGCUGAUGAGGAGCCCGGCGGUGACACAGCUGCCCGUUCCUCUUCUUCUCCACGACCACCUGCUGUUUGCGGAUAUCAAAGCACCAGGGGACCCCCACUCAGGAUCACCGUCCGACUAAAAACUGAUCCUGCUUCUGAAACACACCUGGAGGGAGUGCUGGUUUUCCCUUGAGCAGAAGAUGAUUCGGUGUCAGUGGCUCGAGGUCGUCCACGUCAUCAGAUGAAUGGUAAGGGCUCUGCUGUUGAUCACUGCUUCUACUUCACACAUCACAUUCAUUGUUCAGUGACUGGAGCUUCAGAAGGUUGGUAAGUAUCUUCCGACUGUUCUUAUCUGCCGCUCCCAGAUACCACCGUGGUGCCACCCGGCAGGCGGGUUUGAAGAUCCAAGUGACUCCUCUUUGCAAUCGAGCCUCAGAGAUCUGAGACUGGUUCCAUUCAUUCAUCGCCCGGCGGAUCUCGUGUUGUGUAGCUACCAGGUUCGUUCCGUUAUCGGUUCUCAUAACCUCCCCUUGUCCUCUUCUGGCUAUGAAACGCCCCACUGUGUUUACACACGAGUCGGUGUCCAGAGAGUGCGCGAUUUCUAUGUAGACUGCUCUGACUGUAAGGCAAGUAAACAAGACUCCAUAACUCUUGACUUGCACGGGUCCACGAUUUGCUUCAAAGGGGCCGAAAUAGUGCACACCGACGAUAGUGAACGGUGGAUGGUCAGGCAGUAGACAAUCAGGUGGUAGACUCGCCAUUUUCUGUUCACUCACAGCAGCUUGACACAGCUUGACACACUCAGCCGAGCAAGGGUAUGGGUUCUCCCUCCAUGUCCGAUUUCCUCAUGAGCGUUCCUGAUGAUCAGGGUCGUGAUGUGGUGAUUCUUGGCCAGGAUA